GUUUUUGGCUAAUGUAGACAAUGGGGCAAUGCUCCCUGCUAUUCUCUGUCGUUGUAUUCAGUUAAAAGUUUUGCUGCCACCAGAAGCGUAAUUAGACAGAGCCUCCUGGGGUGUAGACAUGGACGUGCCUUGCUACCUGCCCAAACUUCUCUUUGAGCUCAAUGAGCAGCGUAAGCGGGACUUCUUCUGUGACUGCAGCAUCCUUGUGGAAGGCCGUGUCUUCAAGGCCCAUCGUAACGUGUUGUUUGCGGGGAGUGGCUACUUUCGGGCUCUUCUGGUUCACUAUCUGCAGGAUAAUGGGCAGCGCUACAGCACAGCAUCACUGGACAUUGUUACAGCUGAUGCCUUCUCUAUUAUCCUGGACUUUCUUUACUCUGGCCGCUUGGCCCUGAACAGGAGCAAUGUCAUUGAGGUGAUGUCAGCAGGCAGCUACCUGCAGAUGACUGAUCUGGUGAACUUUUGUAAAGGAUACAUCCGCUCAUCUUUGGAAAUAUGCAACAAGGACAAGGAGGGUACCACAGAGAAGGAGAACCAGGCACAGAAUGGAAGGAUGGGUCCUGCGGAUAGCGGCAGUCCUCCUGCGACUAUCUCCAGUGGGGCAGGGGCUGCGCAGCCUCACUCACAGGUUGCAAGGGCAGAUAGAGGGUCGGAUUUGGGUCUGGAGUCUGGUACCUCAGCUAAAACCCCUUUGUCUCUCCCUGUUACCAACCCUCCAGGCACUAGCAGGGACAUGGACCGGGACUACCAUUCCAGGGAUGAGUUUACAUCUGUGAGUGAAGGACAGAAGGGGCACAUGGAUCAGACAAACCUCUCAUCCUCCUCAUCCUCUGCUUUGACCCCAGAGUUAGUAAACCCAAAGAUAGAGUAUGACCCAGAUGAGGAGCUUAUGGAGUCCCCUGACACCAAAGACCUCGCCUCAUAUCCUGGGCCCUCCCUCCAUAAUCCUCAUCAUAGCAGGCUGCUUCCCCCAAGCCCCUCCCCCUCCAAUGAGCGCUCCCCAUUGGGAUACAGCCCGUCCUUUAAUACCCGGCAGCUGAUGGAGAUGCUGGCCAGAGGAGAAGGCCCCAGUCCUCUAGGGGACCGAGUGGGGCAGCGCUUUACCCAAGGACUCAGUAGCAGCACAGGAGGAGGAGGGAGAAUGGAUGAAGGUUUAGGAUAUAUGGGAUCAUCCAUCAUGGAGAUCCAAUCUGAUUGGCUUGGAGAAGACACAGGUGAUGGCUUGGUAGUGCCAGUUAAACUCCACAAGUGCCCCUAUUGCCCGUACACUGCCAAGCAAAAAGGAAUCAUGAAGAGACACAUUCGUUGUCACACAGGAGAGAGACCCUUCCCCUGUCCUAUGUGUGGCAAGAGGUUCACGAGGCAGGAGCACCUCCGCAGCCACGCCCUUAGUGUCCACAGACACUACUGGUCAGUGUCAUGCAAGAGCUGCAGGCGAACCUUUACAGGACCCAGUGUUUCUCCAGGACUCCGACGCUUCAGCAUCUGCGACAGCUGCAACUGUGUGACCACCACUCAUGAUGAUUCUGCCCCUGUUCACCCUGCCGGCCAACCCGAGCCUAUAGACCGUGCAGACUGGUCCAGUUUUAUGGACGAUGUAGACGAGGUGGAGGUUGGCAGAGUGGAGGACUUGGUGGAGAAACAGAUGCUUGAAAGACAGCUGGAUGUCUGUACUGAUGUAGGUCACACACUGUGAAUCUGAAAUCCACUAUACUCUGAGAAGAAAAACCAUCCUUGAACUGUUUCUGCUGUUCUUUUUCCGACUGACCAUACUGUUAUUCAUAAUAAAUUAUUACUAGGGGUGUGACGAUACACUCAGCUCACGAGACGAGACACGAUAUUGGGUUCAUGAGAUCGAGACGAGAUUUUAACACUACUUUUAAGAAAACUUCAAUGAGGAAAUAUAUGGCUGUUCUUUUAUUUGAAAUUCACAAAAUUCAAAAUAAUGCAGGUGCAUUUUGAAAUGUUUUUAUACUUCAGUUCUACUUUCUAAGUAUGCAUUAUCAUAUGCAGUAUGCAGCACUGUAAAAGGUUUCCCCAUCUAGAUAGAUAUUUUUUAGAUAUUUUAUAGAUAGAUAAUUUUGGUAUUUAUGGAAAUAACAACCAUAAAUACAAAAGUUAUAUACAAUCACAAAUACCAAAAAGUGAAUUAUAAAGAAUAGAAUCAAUUCUAGUAUAUAAAUAUAAAUUAAAUAAAAACUCAAAUUGCACAAAUCCUGUAUCACAUAAAUAUUGCUUCUGAGACAACAUUCACCUCGACAAGAAAUAUUGUCUUGUUUUAAUCUCUCGUGGCACGAGAUCUCGUCACACCCCUCAUUAUUGCCAUAUGAUUAUUUAUUGAUGCAUUUUUAACUAGAAAAUCCAAACUUUUUGACAUCAGGAUCAAAUAGAUUACAUGUUAUUUUAAUCGUAAAUGUGAUCUUUCAUAUCAUAUUCACAUUUAAACGUAAUUCCUCUAUAUGUACUGUGUAUGUAGAAAUGAUUGGCUGUCACAACAGUAGCUUCUAGUUUACUUACUUAGCACUAUCCAUUUUAUAGGAUAGUGAGAGUAGCUUGAUGUUACAUGUUUUUUGUUUUUUUAAUCAAAAAAUGGUUACAGUUCACAGAUAAAAUAAGCUUUACGGUGGCCAUCGUGGAUAUUGUUGCAAUAAAUGUAAAUAUAUCUGGCCUUAAUCUCAAUUUUGUGUUUACAUGUGCUUUUUACAGAUAUUUGUUAAUCUUGUGAUACACAGAAUGUACAUAUCCUUGCUGUAGUUCAACAAUAUCAGUGUCAUGAUAUAAGAAAGCUGUUUAUGCCCUCUAGUGUCUGAGCCCACACUAGAUAUCUUAAGUGUGCCGUUAAUAACUGAUAUCAGGCUAUUGCAAUAUGGAGCAACUG